GGUCAAGGGGCUGCGGAGGGGGCGGAGCGAGCCGGAGGCGGAUGGCGGCUCAUCUUCAGCGGCAGAGGCGUUGAAACCGAGACGGGGGGUCAGGCGCGUCUGGCGGAGGAAGGAGAGCGGCGGCCGCUCCCAACAUGCACAGCCUGGCGACGGCUGCGCCCGUGCCUACUGCACUGGCUCAAGUGGAUAGAGAAAAGAUCUAUCAGUGGAUCAAUGAGUUGUCCAGUCCGGAGACAAGGGAAAAUGCUUUGCUGGAGCUAAGUAAGAAGCGGGAAUCUGUUCCUGACCUUGCACCCAUGCUAUGGCAUUCGUUUGGUACUAUUGCAGCACUUUUACAGGAAAUUGUAAAUAUUUAUCCAUCUAUCAACCCACCUACCUUGACAGCACACCAGUCUAACAGAGUUUGCAAUGCUCUGGCGUUACUGCAAUGUGUGGCAUCACACCCAGAAACCAGGUCAGCAUUUCUUGCAGCACACAUCCCACUUUUUUUGUAUCCCUUUUUGCACACUGUCAGCAAAACACGUCCCUUUGAAUAUCUUCGGCUCACCAGCCUUGGCGUUAUUGGGGCCCUCGUAAAAACAGAUGAGCAAGAAGUAAUCAACUUUUUAUUAACAACAGAAAUUAUUCCUUUGUGUUUGCGCAUUAUGGAAUCUGGAAGUGAACUUUCUAAAACGGUUGCCACAUUCAUCCUCCAGAAGAUUCUCUUAGAUGACACUGGGUUGGCUUAUAUAUGUCAGACAUAUGAACGUUUCUCCCAUGUCGCCAUGAUCUUGGGUAAAAUGGUCCUGCAACUAUCCAAAGAGCCUUCUGCCCGUCUGCUGAAGCAUGUAGUAAGAUGUUACCUUCGCCUCUCAGAUAAUCCCAGGGCACGUGAAGCACUCAGGCAGUGCCUCCCUGACCAGCUGAAGGACACAACCUUCGCCCAGGUGCUAAAAGAUGACACCACCACGAAACGCUGGCUUGCACAACUGGUGAAGAACCUGCAAGAGGGCCAAGUCACCGAUCCCCGGGGUAUCCCCCUGCCCCCUCAGUGAUCCUCCCCUGCCCUCUUCCACUACUCCCCAGGUUGGGGAAGGGAGGGGCAACCUACGAGGAAAACAGCUCAGGUUUUAUCGCCAACCGGGAAUAGACAACCUCAAUGCUGAACCGCACUGGAGAAAAGGGGCGAGGUCCCCCUGCUGAGGUGUGUGGGCUGCCAUCUCAGGCUGCCUUGAGGACCUGGGCUCCCUCUGCUACUCCCAGGAAAUGGGCUCCUGACACAGCAGUCUGCCAUCACAGCCCCAGGAGGGUGUCAACACCAGCAAAUGCUGUGUUUGCAGCAUGCCCACGAUGACCUUGCUCCCCACCCCUACCCAGCCGCUGGCAGGGAGGGGAGACGGUGGUGAUAGCAGCAGCACUCUAGGCAUGGUGACCGCCUGGGACCAAGCCAUGUGGCAUUUUAUUUUGCCUUCCUGGAAGACUCAAGAUGUGUCUCUUCAUUCUCUCUCUCAGUAUUUGUUUACUUUGUUUUUUGUUUUUAAAUCUCAGAGAGAGGUGUGUUUAGUGGACACAGCUGUAAUAUUCAGCAAAACUUUGUCAAUUGGCACUGUUUACAAGUCUGUUAGCUGCAUAAGCUCAAUAAAACGUUGGUCUGGGCAUUACAUCCCCUCUGGCAGGCCCAUAGCUGCGUUGAGCUGUUGGGAGGAAUGGGAGGCACGAGAAAGAUGUGAAGCCAAAGGACAGCAGCACCCCACCGCCUGUUCCCCUCCCUUCUCCCCUUCUACUCUUGAGUCCUGGACACCACCAGGGCCUUAACCUUGUUUCCGGCUUUAGCCGCUAGCUUUUCCAAAGCAGUGCUUUUCCUUUUGUUACUUCCUCAUAUUAAGCUUAAAACAGAUGUCUUAAUUCUUCAGGCUGUCCUGGAAGGGUAUUGUCGUGGGCAAGAGCGGUGACAGUGGACCUGGGUGUCAGUCCAAGUCUUCACAGGUGUUUUAAAAGGGAGGUGCCUGAGGUUAAAGUUACAGGCUGCUUGAUCCCAUUCUUUGUUUUAGUGGAUUUCAGCAGCUCCAUCUGUCUUCAUGAUUGUAUUUGAAGCAGUAUUAACUAAAUGAGUUAAUUUUAUUUAGAUUUAAGAUGGAGGGCUGGACUCUGCUCACUCACUCAAGUCUUUUUUUGGUGGUUUUUUUUUUUUUUUUUUUUUUUUUUGGACACAUUUGUCUUGUGGUCUAUGGGAACUACAGGGUUACCACUAAAAUAUUUUUGACUUGUUCAUAUCGUGCCGCAGAAUUGCCCCUCCUUCUCUGGAGCUUUAGCUUGCUCUGCUCUAUAGCCUAGUGUGAACUGCCUUGCUGGCCCCCAGUUCUUCCUCCUGCUAGCACCUUUCUCUCCCUCCCUCCCUCCCUCCCUCUCUCUCUCCCCCUCUCUCCCUCUCUCCCUCUCUCCCUCUCUCCCUCUCUCUCAUAUCCCAUCUCCAAAGAUGGGGUUGCUAAUCCAGCUCUAGAGGGAGACCAAGUCUUUCUGUCCAUGUCGCACACAGUUGAGUGAACAAGUGUGGGGAGUUUGUUGAGCUUGGGCUCAGAGAAACCUCUGCAGAGGCAGCUGUGCCAACACAAGGGCUCGUGCAAGCCGACUUUGACCAGGGAGCCGGCCUUGUUAGUUGGCUUCUGUCUCUUUAGAGCAAGAAAGGAGUCGCUGAAGAGCCUAGAUGCAGGAUGGGUAGAAUAAGCACUUGCUCCCCUGCCUUCCAAAUGAAGAGGGAAAUGAGGCCAGCUCUCAACAGCCUGAGGAGGAGGGGAGGAGUCCAGGAGAAAACAAAGAUGGCACGGACGGCAUAGAUGUCCUGACUCCCUUCAGCCGGUGGGCUGUGAUCUGGAGUCCAGCUGGUGUAACCCUGAUCUUUGACAACCGCCUGCCUGCUGCUUUCAUCUGUCUUUCAGAUGAGCCAAAGUUUUCUCAUUUUCCCUCCACUUAGGAAGCAACUGAGGCCCAGGGCCUAGCUCCCUGAGAAAUUCUCUUCUCUCUCCAUCUUUCGGUGCAUUGGCCAUGUGUCUGUGCCAAUAGUGUCUUAACUCUUGUCCCUUCUGUUCUCAUCUGGCCUUGGAACCCACAGACGAGUUGGUGGGGAAGGGGUGGAAUGAGUAUUACUCCUUGUAGUUGAUCUUAAUGUUGUAUUAUAUGAAAAGAUCCCUUUCCUUAUUUUGUGUUUUCCAUCCCUCUCACACCUUCAACAGGAUUGAAAUAAAACAUGCUUCUUUGUUUUUGUAAAAAUAA